AUGUGGCCCAACAGCAGCUCCAAUUCCUUCCUGUUGACUGGUUUUCCAGGCUUGGAGGCCUCUCACCACUGGAUUUCCAUACCCUUCUUUUUCAUAUACAUCUCUGUCAUUUUUGGCAAUGGCACCCUCCUCCUUCUCAUUAAGGAAGAUCACAACCUUCAUGAGCCUAUGUACUACUUCCUGGCCAUGUUGGCAGCCACAGACCUUGCAGUGACCUUGACCACAAUGACCACGGUGCUGGGAGUACUCUGGCUGGAUCACAGGGAGGUUGGAAAUGUAGCCUGCUUUUCUCAAGCCUACUUUAUACACUCACUUUCAUUUGUAGAGUCUGGUAUUUUGCUUGCUAUGGCCUAUGACCGGUUUAUUGCCAUUCAGAACCCCCUUAGAUAUACCUCUAUACUCACUAAUACUCGAGUGGUGAAAAUUGGGCUGGGGAUUCUGAUGAGAGGAUUUAUAUCUGUUGUCCCUCCGAUCUUGCCCCUUUAUUUUUUUCCCUAUUGCCACUCCCAUGUCCUUUCCCAUGCAUUCUGCCUUCACCAGGAUGUCAUCAAACUGGCCUGUGCUGACAUCACUUUCAAUCGACUAUAUCCAGUUGUGCUUGUAGUCCUUAUACUUGUGCUGGAUUCUCUGAUUAUCCUCAUCUCCUAUGUGUUGAUUCUCAAGAGUGUACUGAGGAUUGCCUCCAGAGAAGAGAGGGCCAAUGCCCUCAACACCUGUGUCUCCCAUAUCUGCUGUGUCCUGGUUUUCUAUGUCACAGUGACUGGAUUGUCUCUGAUUCAUCGGUUUGGGAAGCAGGUUCCACAUAUUGUCCACCUCAUUAUGAGCUAUGUGUAUUUUCUGUUCCCUCCACUAAUGAAUCCUAUAAUCUAUAGUGUCAAGACCAAGCAGAUCCAGAGUUGCAUUCUCCAUCUUUUCGCUACACAUAGAGUUGGAGCCUGAUCUCUGACCAUGAUAGUCCCUCACACAGAACGUGAGAACUCUGCUUUUUGGCAGGGAACAAAAGAAGUAUCAUAUCAAACACCCAUGAUCUUGGUAAAAUAAUUGUCAAAAUAGAGUUACAAAUUGCCCUAAAGUGUCUCUUUAAG